AUGCCGGGUGCUAAUGAUUGGAACGAAUCUUUAUGCGGUUGUUUUGAUGAUUGCAGUUCAUGUUGUUAUGGUUUUUUUUGUACACCAUGUUUAUUUGGUUCAAAUGCAAAGAAAAUAAGUGGUCAUAAUUGUGUUGUUAUGUGUUGUUUAUAUUCAAUUUUAACGAGUUGUUAUUUAUGUUGGUUACCACAUUUAUUUGAACGUCAAGCAUUCCGUGAAAAAUAUAAUUUAAUAGAAAAUCCAUCAUGUGGAGAUUGUCCAACAACAUUAUGUUGUGGUCCAUGUGCAAUUUGUCAAGAAGCACGAGAAAUAAAAUCACGAAAAAGAGGUGGUGUUACUUAUUCAACAGGUGCUCCAACUGUCGUUUCUCAACCAGUACCAGUUCAACGAGGUGUUUAUCCUGAUACUCAUCGCAAUUUCUAA